AUGAAUCACGAUCCAUAUCAAUGGGGAAGACCCUCGAACGAAACUUACGGAGCAUACAAUCACAACAUUGCAAAUGCCAGCAAUGAAGAGUUUAAAGACUACAACCACCAUGCACAUCAAUUUCCCAAAAUGAAUACGCAACAACCUAUAAUCACUGGUACCUCAGUUAUAGCUUCCAAAUUUGCCAAUGGUAUCAUAAUGGCAGCUGACCAUGUGGGAUCUUACGGGUCAUUGUUGCGUUUCAAUAAUAUAGAGAGGUUGAUUAAAGUGGGACUGGAAACGGUUGUUGGUGUGUCUGGUGAUAUUUCCGACUUUCAAUAUAUACAAAGACUUUUGGAUGAGUUGGAAAUUGAAGAGGAAGUGUAUGAUAACGAUGGUGGUAAUUAUUUGAAAGCCCCCAACGUGCACGAAUAUUUGUCAAGAGUUAUGUACAAUAGAAGGUCCAAAAUGAAUCCCUUAUGGAAUAGUAUUGUUGUUGGUGGAUUUGACGCCGAAAAGAAACCAUUUUUGAAAUACGUUGACUUGUUGGGGGUUACCUAUCAUGCUUCAACUAUAGCCACUGGGUUCGGAUCACAUUUGGCAAUACCAUUGUUGAGGAACUUGAUACCAGAGGACAAGGAUUACGUGAAAGUCAAUGAAGAUCAAGUAAGGAAAGUUGUUGAUGAUUCAAUGAGAGUAUUGUUUUAUAGAGAUGCCAGAUCGGGAGAAGUAUAUUCAUAUGUUGUGAUCAAAUUGGAUGAGGAAUCCGGUGAAAUUAAAUUUGAAUUUGUCAAGGAUGCGAAAGUGGAGAAUCAAAGUUGGAGAUUUGCCCAGGAUAUAAGAGGCUAUGCUAGUAAACAGCAAUAG